AUGAUUCGCAUGUCGGCACUUGCACCUCGAUGCUCGGAAUCACGGCUCACAGCCAGCCUCAGGAGCAGCGCCCACAAUUCAGAAAGCCUCCUGGAGAGGAACGUCGACGAAGAGGCCUCGGUCGCUCAGGAAACCCGCGUGCGCGUGAACACGUUGCUGAGCAAAGUUCUCCUCCAGCAUCUGUCGCCCCUUCUCACCCUGCCUACCUUCACAGCCCUUUGGUUAACGAUCCUUGAAUACAUGGACAAAUAUAUAAACCUCCGAGAGGCAGGCGGUGAGAUGCUAUCGGACGCUAUCCGGGAAUGUCUUAAAAACAUGUUGCUCGUCAUGUAUUGGACCGGUGUUUUCCGUACGGAAGCGGGACAGUGCACCGAGCUGUGGAACGUGACCUGGGACAGAGUGGAAGCUUUCCUUCCCGGUCUCCGAGACGAACUGUUCCGCGAAACGACGCCCGCAGUCCAAGACGAAGUUCCCGCGACGGCGGAGGAAGUCCCCCCGGAGCUUUCGGACGAGGACGAGGGAGGUCUCCCACCGGUGAUGAGUCUCGAGGAGGCGCUCAGAGCUCCCCAACGGAGAGCAGCGCCGCUGGCCAUCGGCGGUAUACUUCUUCAGGAAACCCCCCUCACGCCGAACAGCGCCGGCCCGGCCCAUGUGCAUCAACAACAGCAACAACAAAACCAACAACAAGCUCAACAAGCUUCGAUGCUACCCCAACAACAGCAGCUGCAGCAACCAGCUCAGCACUACAACCAACGAUCGCAAAUCCAACAACAAAUGAGCCCGGGGCCAAAAUCGCAGAGUCAGGAUAGAAUUCCGCCUCUACAACAAGAGCAACUCGCUGAGCAGGAGCAGCAGCGGAGGGCCUCGUUACCGGCGUCAGUACUUCAAUCCCCAAACGAACAACCUGAAGACCAGUCGCUUGGGCAUUCGCCACAACGAGCGUCCCAGCAGGCAGCGGACGAUCAGCAGCUGCAAGAACAACGGGUUCGGAUGCAAUUAUUGCUACAGCAGCAGCAGCAGCAGCAACAACAACAGCAGCAGAU